AUAGAGUGAUUGCUGUGAAUUGUGAUGGAGUGAGAGUUUUAAGCCAUCGAAGCACCGCGACGCUGUCUCUCCUGCUAUUCUCCGCCGGCGUUGUGAGCAUGCAGCAUGUGAAUUAUAGGAAGAGGAGGCGAAUUUGUUAAUUUAUUGUUGUGUGUUCAAAAUGGGUGAAAUUUGGUGGUCCCUUUUGGGGUCGGCGAUCCCCGUGGUGGUGGCUGGGCAAGCGUUUCGCCUGAAGAAACGGCGUGCAGAGGAGCAGAGGCUGCAGAGUGGUCGUGGGAGGGAAAGGAAUUCCGAUGAAAUCUUCGUGUGUGAAAGGGUCUGCACUUCAAAGAGGAUGCUCAAGAAGCUUGGUUCCUUCUCCAAGGACCCCAUUCCUGAUACCUGCGUCACCGUUUGCGGCGUUUCCGAUGUAGAUGCAUGUGCUGAUGCCUGUGCCCGCACUGUGUGUAUCAACCAACAUCAAGUCCCUAAUUGGAACGACAUUUGCCUCAGGAGGUGCCAGAGUGAAUGCCUCAAACUCUCUUCUCAGAGUCGGUCCUCGUAGCAGUUGAGUUUUAUUUAGUGGCAUGUGUGUGUGUGUGUGAGUGUAUACUGAGUUUUGGUAUUGUGCUUAUGUGCUUUGUCUAUUCCAUGAUUUUUACUCUGGAAUUCAGAAUUUUUUACAACAAAUUCAAUGGAGAUGGAAAUGGGGUUUAUUCCACUAUGUGCUGGUUCAUUUUGUGUUCAUUGACUUGAGAUCUAUAUGAUUCUUUAUUUUCCUGCCUCA